UCUGCCAGACUACCACAUCAAACCACCAACAAACGAUGACAUCCCAUCCAAUCACUCGAUUCAUUCCUCAAUCAACUUGGCAUUUGGUCGAGCCUCACUUCACAUCGUUUGGGAAAGAGAAGUUGGAAAAAGUAAUCGAGUUUGUGGAGAAUGAAUGCAUCCCAGCAGAAUCAAUCUAUCACGCUCAAAUCUCAUCCGAUCCUCAAAGAAGAUGGUCAACUGUGCCCACGAUAAUGGAAGACCUAAAAUCCAAAGCACGCUCCCGAGGGCUCUGGAAUCUAUUCCUCUCUAAGGCGCACUAUCCUGAGUUAGGUGUGCCCUUGACCAACUUGGAGUAUGCGGUGAUGGCCGAAGUGAUGGGACAUGCCAUUCGGAUUGCUCCCGAAUCAAUGAAUUGCUCUGCUCCCGACACCGGGAAUAUGGAAGUCCUGGCGCGCUAUGGGACUCCGUACCAAAAAGAGAAAUGGCUCAAGCCGCUUAUGAAUGGCCAAACUCGUAGUUCUUUUGCAAUGACUGAACCUGCAGUGGCAUCUUCUGAUGCGACCAACAUCCAAACCAGUAUAAUGUAUGAUAAAAAAACCCAGCAGAUUGUCAUCAACGGUCGUAAAUGGUGGAUCUCCGGUGCUGGUGACCCGCGUAACGCUAUUCAUUUGGUCAUGGGCAAGUCAGAUACUUCUGCCCCCAAGCAUUCCCAGCAGUCGAUUGUCAUCGUGCCUCCCAACACUCCUGGCGUCAAACUGAUCCGCCCAAUGCAGGUGUUUGGUUACGACGAUGCACCGGAGGGACAUUUCGAGGUGUUGUACGAAGAUGUUCGAGUACCAAUUGAAAACUUGGUGUAUGAUUGGGGAAAAGGAUUCGAAAUAGUCCAAUCCCGACUUGGACCAGGUAGGAUUCAUCAUUGUAUGCGAUCAAUCGGGAUUGCGGAACGCGCGAUAUCUUUAAUGUUGCUCCGAGUAACGGACCCGCGCAAGAUGACCUUUGGGAAACAACUUUACCAGCACGGCGCGACGGCAAAAGAAAUUGCCUAUUCGCGUAUCGAGUUGGACGGAAUCCGACUGUUAGUGUAUUCAGCUGCCCAUCAAAUCGACUUGGUAAAAGCCAAAGGAGCGAUGAAGUCCAUAGGAAUGGCGAAGGCGCAAGUGCCUAAAGUUGUCAAUGCUAUCAUUGAUCGAGCGAUUCAAGUACAUGGUGGUGAAGGGGUGAGUCAAGAUCAACCCUUGGCCGCGAUGUUUGCUGCUGUGAGGACAUUAAGAAUGGCCGAUGGUCCCGAUGAAGUUCAUGAGGCCCAGGUGGCUCAAAUGGAAUUGAAGCGCGUUCCGCUACUGAGGCAACAACUGGAAGCCAAAACCGAAGCUGAGAAGGCCUUGCGCGUUCAAUAUCAGAUCGGGGGAUCCAAGUUGUGAUUCCUCAUCAAUUGUCCUUUUACAUCAACUCGUUUACAUAUCUACUCCCUGGACAAUUCUUUGAAUGACUGGAGGUAUUCUCGAAGCAAAUCUCUUUUUCUAAUUUAUGAUUUUGUAAUUGUCCGAAUCUUGUGUCAUGAUGAAUUCUUGUAGCCAGCCCUCAAUAAGUGUAUAUAUGUAUAAGCAGAACCUCCCGUUUCAUUCACUAGUUACGUGAUUUCAGGCAAGCUAAAUUUCAAUUUAUGAUUUGGCUCCAUGUUUUCAAGAUGACAUGAGGAAUCAUUGCG